AUGACAGUUGAAUCUAGUGGGUGUGUAGUAGCCAAUAGGGUGAGGCGGGUCAAAAAAUCAAAUGGUCAGAAAUGUGGACCUUCCAAUUUACGGAGAAGGGAAGAUAGAGAAACAGGAAGAGGUGAAAGGACAAAAACUCCUUUAAAAAGACCAAAAACAGUGGAAAACAGUUGCAAGAAAACCCAAGAGACAUACAAAACUUAUACCCAGCUGUUGGACUGA